GUGUUUACUAGACUAUUCAGGGUUUAGCGAAAAAUUCUUCGUUUCAAGUCUCGAACUUUGUUGGAAUCGGCUAAGUGAUAAUUUCGAAGCUUGAUCGGUAAAUCCAGGAGCUUUUGGAUCGGAAUCUGUUCGCUGAUGCUUUGGUGAAAAUGGGUUUCGGUGCAAUUAGAUCGAUUUUGCGUCCAUUGUCGAGAACCUUAGUUUCGCGUGCCGUCGUUAACUACUCGUCUGCGCCGUUCAAUGCGACGAUUCCGGCUGCUAAACCCGAGUUAUGUUCCUUCUUCGGUGGAUCGAUGACUCAUUUGAGGUUACCAUGGAUUCCAAUGGCUAACCAUUUUCAUAGCUUAAGCUUGACUGAUACUCGGCUCCCGAAGAGACGACCCAUGACUCAUCCCAAGAGGAAAAGAUCCAAAUUGAAACCUCCAGGGCCUUAUGCAUACGUUCAAUAUACACCUGGCCAGCCAAUUUCUUCAAACAAUCCUAAUGAGGGAAGUGUGAAGAGAAGAAAUGCGAAGAAGCGCAUAGGGCAGCGUCGUGCUUUUAUACUGUCUGAGAAGAAGAAGAGGCAAGCGCUGGUGCAAGAGGCGAAGAGGAAGAAGAGAAUUAAGCAAGUGGAACGUAAGAUGGCUGCUGUCGCUAGGGACCGAGCAUGGGCUGAAAGACUGAUUGAGCUUCAACAGCUGGAAGAAGAGAAGAAGAAAUCAAUGUCUUCUUGAGAUCAAACAUAGAAAUAAUCCUAAAUGACAAUCUCUUUUCUUGUCUUGAGUUAGAGAAUUACUCUUCUUUGUUGUGUUUGGCAUGUUCUCUUGAGAGUUAACUCGCUAUGUUGUCUGAAGAACUGAGAGUUACUUGACGUUUGUGUUCUUUAUAUCCAGUCAUGUGUUUCUUGUUUCAUGAAUUUGGCUGACAUUCUUUUACUUACGGCAACCCAUGAAACUGAAUCAGGACCAGUUAC